GGGGAAAGCAGAUUGCUGGAUCGGCCAAGGCGUGAAUAGUGGAUAGCAGAAGCAUGCUGCUGAUACUGCUGCUCGGACUCUUUCCCCCCCAAGUCGGCAGUAACGGGGUGCAGGGGGACACUCGCUGGCUCCGGUACUUGAGUCGUAUAGAGACGGCCGUUGGAAGCCAUGUGCCCUGUGAGAGCGGCAGCGAGACCUGCUUCUCCAGGGUUCUCCGGCAGGACCUGGCGCCGUUCAGCUCCGGGAUCUCUCGGGAUCUGAUGAAGAACGUUCUGAGCCGAAAGCUCGGGACCCAUUACCAGAUCAUUAAGCACCGUCUGUACCGGGAGGAGGAGUGCAUGUUCCCGGCGCGGUGCAGCGGAGUGGAGCACUUUCUGCUGCAGCUUCUGCCGCAUCUCCCCGACAUGGAGCUCGUGAUCAACGUGAGAGAUUACCCGCAGGUCCCCGGCUGGAUGUCGCCGCUCGUCCCCGUCUUCUCCUUCAGCAAGACUUCGGAUUAUCGGGACAUCAUGUACCCCGCCUGGACGUUUUGGGAGGGAGGACCAGCGGUCUGGCCGAUUUACCCCACCGGUCUGGGGCGUUGGGACCUCAUGAGGGAAGAGCUGAGCCGGGCAGCUGAUCGUUGGCCCUGGGAGAAGAAGAUCCCAAAGGGGUAUUUUAGAGGCUCCAGGACGAGCCCCGAGCGAGACCCCCUGAUCCUCCUGUCCCGGGAAAAGCCGCAUCUGGUGGAUGCAGAAUAUACAAAGAACCAGGCGUGGAAAUCCGAAAAGGACACCCUGGGGAGACCUCCAGCUAAAGAAGUGCCCCUGGUGGAUCACUGUGCCUUUAAGUAUCUGUUUAAUUUCCGUGGCGUGGCCGCCAGUUUCCGGUUGAAGCAUCUCUUCCUGUGCGGCUCUCUGGUUUUCCACGUCGGGGAAGCUUGGCAGGAAUUCUUCUACCAUCGCCUGGAGCCGUGGGUGCACUACAUUCCGGUCAGCCAGGACCUGUCCGACGUGGGGGACCUGCUGCAGUUUGUGGUGGAGAAUGAUGAUGAAGUGAAGAAGAUUGCAGAAAGAGGGCAGAGAUUCAUCUCCCAGCAGCUGCGCAUGGAGGACGUGGCCCGGUACUGGCGCUCUCUGCUCACCGAGUACUCCAAGCUGCUGCAAUACAAGGUCAAGCGCAGGAAGGAGUACAGAGAGGUGACCCCGCGGCCCGGCCACACCGAACUAUGACAUCAUUCCGCACCGAGUCUGCCCCUAGGCACAAGCGGCGG